AUGGGGAAUACGACCUCCUGCUGUGUGUCGUCGAGUCCAAAACACCGGAGGAACAACCACUCCAGGCUGGAGCCCUAUCGGCCGGAGCCGGAGCUGAGUCGUGAGGACACGGGCUGCAACCUCCAGCACAUCAGCGACAGGGAAAAUAUAGAUGAUCUGCCCAUGGAAUACAAUCCUUCAGAUCAUCCCCGUGCUAGCACCAUCUUUCUGAGCAAAUCCCAAACGGAUGUUCGAGAAAAGCGAAAGAGCCUCUACAUCAACCAUUUCACACAUAUUUCGGAGGACAAGCAUCAUCCAGGCCCAGUGAGACGAAAGUACAGCUCAUGUUCUACCAUAUUCCUUGAUGACAGCACCGUCAGUCAACCAAACCUCAAAUACACUAUCAAAUGUGUAUCCCUCGCAAUAUAUUACCACAUUAAGAACAGAGACGUCGACGGACGAAUGUUGUUAGACAUUUUUGAUGAGAAGUUGCACCCUCUCACGAAGUCGGAGGUCCCUGCUGAUUAUGACAAACACGACCCAGAGCAGAAGCAGAUCUAUCGCUUCGUCAGGACACUGUUCAGUGCUGCACAGCUCACUGCUGAAUGCGCCAUUGUCACUUUGGUGUAUUUGGAGAGGCUGCUGACCUAUGCUGAGAUUGACAUUUGCCCCGCCAACUGGAAGCGCAUCGUGCUGGGAGCAAUCCUUUUGGCCUCUAAGGUCUGGGACGACCAGGCGGUCUGGAAUGUUGACUACUGCCAAAUUCUCAAGGAUAUCACUGUGGAGGACAUGAAUGAGCUGGAGCGUCAGUUUCUGGAACUGUUACAAUUCAACAUCAACGUGCCAUCCAGUGUAUACGCCAAGUAUUACUUCGACCUGCGCUCUAUGGCAGAGGCCAACAAUCUCAGCUUCCCCUUGGAGCCUCUCAGCAGGGACAAAGCUCAGAAACUAGAGGCCAUUUCACGGUUGUGUGAGGAUAGCUACAAGGACUUGAAGAAACUAGCCAAGAAGCGGUCAGUGAGUGCGGACAAUCUGGCGGUGGUGAGGUGGUGUCCAGCCAUCAUUUCCUAACACUGGUCAUCUGCAUAGACUUGUAUGAUAUUCUUGCCUGGUAUGCAAGCAGACCAGCCGUGCAGCUGUUCUACGGAUCAGCGGGUCUGUUAGGAAUACACACACACACACGCACAGUCUGGCACUUUUACAGGUGUGAUCGCAGUCUACCUGAUAUUUGUACAUAGAAUAAGCCCCACUGGCUGCCCGCACUGAAGCAAACGAAACAGAGGGGAACCAAACUGAAGUUCAUGAAUGGAAGGGACUGCGAUGAAGAUCCGAAAUGCAAGAGGAAAGGAGCCAAACGAUCGGAAAGUUUUUGCGCAGUUGACUGAAGUUGGGGAAAGCUUAAACUGCUAAAUAGAAGAAUUAAAAACUGCAACAGUGCUUCAUAAUUCCCUCUGAAGUUUUACUGGCUUGUACAGUUAAUUGAGGGAUGCUGUGUACAUUCCUUUUAUUUGAAUCCUCUUGUUCGUCUGGUUCAUUUGCUGACACAUUCUUUUUUCUUUCUUUCUUUCUUCCUUCCUUUUUUAAUUUGAAUUUCUUUCUUUUUUUUACAGCCUAUAGGCACAAUGUUGUUUUCCAGCAUGAUAAAACAUAUUUGCAUUCCACUGUUAUAUUUUAAAGUGAACUUUACUAGCAUAUCUGUCAUUGGACCCCUUUGAUGAUAGAAAUCUAUUAGUUACCUACAUGAAUUGUGGCCAAAAAAACUAAAGUCUAUAAUAAAGUAAGUCAGCUUCAAUCUAAAGAGUUUUCCCAGUAAAUGAGACAUGACUGGUUGAAGAUUCAUAUAUUUUUACAUCACUUUUGGCCACCUUUCAGAUAAAGCAACAUUCAUGCCUCACUUUGUUGUUGUUGUGGUUAAAUACAAUGAAGCAUAUUUACUUAUGAGGAGAUUGGCUAGACGACAGAUUUGAGACAUACUGUAGAGCCUAUGUUGUACUGUAAUCACUGCCAUCGUCCGGACCUGUGGUGCCUGUAAUAAGCUAGUUCAAACCCCUCUUUCUCUGUUGGAAGAGUAGAACAAUUCCGUGGUAUUGUUUUUUUUUUCUUUACCAUUUUGUACAGUUCUUCCAGCUCAAGGAAACGGCACAAAUUGAAGUAUUGACGUUUAAAAACCACUAAAUGCAUGAUUCUUCAGGGGUGUUUCAGAGUCCUCAUUUCAGAGGACUGGAAAUAAAGAAAAAAGCAUUGUUAUUAUUGACACAAUUCUAAGAAAAAGAAAGAUUGUAUACAUUUUUCUAAAACUAUUUGUACAUAGUAAAUACUGUGCCAGUGUGGAAAAUCUGUUAACUGAAGGCAUAUGUAAAAAUAAAAUAAAAAAACAAACACAAUAAUGUCAGAAUAUUUAUAUAAGAUCAGAUUUUAAGAGGGGUGGGACAGUGUGUCUGAUUUUUUUCGCUCCUGUGACAAACUAAAGAGAGAUGAGGUAUGAAGAUUUAGAUGGGACACACCACUAAAUAUGUUUUUUCGUUGGUUUUUUUGUCUGUUUUCAUGUCAACAUUCAAGCACUGUAGAAAAUGGAAGUGUUGAUGUACAGUCUGUGAAUAUUAUGUAAAUGCCACAAGACUAUUAUCGCUGAUUUUAUCAAUUAAAAAAGAAACAUUUCUUUAACCACACUGCCAGAUUUUUUUUUCCCACCUGAAUUAUGAUAGCUGUUACUUUUUAAAAAUCUGUAGCUAACAAAAUGCUGUUACAGGAAUUGCAUAUGACAAAAUCACAAUGAUGUGCAUUUAUUAAUGCCAUUUAUUUUAUGUAAAGCUUAAAAGAUAUGAUUUACAUUUAAUUGUUUCAUCUAGUAUUUUUCUAAUUUGUCCAGUUUCAUUCACAAAAUAGCUGGACAGUGUUUCGUUAUUGCAACAAGAGGAUUCCUGGUUCGAAGCCCCAACGGGGUUUGCGUAACCCCAAACCACAAAUAUCCAGUUUUCAGAUAUUCUUUACACAUUUGAGUCAUCUGAUAACCUAGUAAAGUUUGUUUGUCAGUUUCAGACAUUUUGGAUAAACGUGAAAGCUUUUAUAAAGGCAAUUUCUCAUUUAAAACUUUUUCUUUCAAAUCAUAAA